AUGGGAACCCAAAAGAAUGUUGAAGUCAAAACCUUAACAGGAGAAGAAGCAUGUCAUUUUUUUAAGAAGGUGGUUGGUGAUUCUGUUGAAGCUCCUGAUUUGCAACCAAUAGCUGAACAGGUGGUAAAUGAAUGCCAAGGUUUGCCACUUGCACUUGUUACUAUUGGAAGGGCACUAAAAUGUAAAUCGAAUCAUGCUUGGACUGAUGCACUUCGACAAUUAAGAAUCGGUCUAACAAAAAUGGAAGAAGAAAAGGUGCAUAAGGCUAUAACGAUGAGCUACAAUUGGUUAGAACCUGAAGAGGCCAAGUCUUUGUUUUUGCUAUGUGGUUUAUAUCCAGAAGAUCACGAUAUUCAGAUUGAAGAUUUGGUUAGAUUUGGAAUGGGGCUACGACUGUUCGAAGAUAUUGAUAGAUUGGGUGAAGCAAGAGAUCAAGUACAUGCAUUGGUUAAUAUCCUGAAAACAUGCUGUUUAUUAUUAGAUAGUGACAAGGAUGAGUGUGUCAAAAUGCAUGAUGUAAUUCGUGAUGUUGCCAUUGCAAUUGCAUCUAAGGGUGGUAAUGUUUUUUUGAUACGGCACGGUGACAGUUUGACAGAGUGGCCAGAGAAGCAUACCUGUGAGCCUUGCACUUCCAUUUCAAUCAUAUCAGGGAAAAUUACAGAGCUACCAGAAGGGUUAAGAUGCCCAAAACUUACUUUGUUACUGUUAGCAUGCAUGAAUGAUUCAAUAAAAAUACCAAACAAUUUUUUUGAGGGAACGAGGGAAUUGCGAGUUUUAAAUUUGGAGCUUAUUUCCAUUCCAUUGCUGCCAUCAUCACUGCAGUUGGUGAGUAACUUGCAUACGAUUUGUCUUCAAGGUUGCAAAUUAGAUAACAUAACUCUAAUAGGUGAACUAUUGAAUUUGGAAAUCCUCAGCUUUCGUGGCUCCUCGUUCAAGGUUUUACCAGAAGAAAUAGGAAAACUUGCUAACUUGAGGUUGUUAGAUCUAACAGGAUGUCAUUGUCUUGAAAGAAUAACGCCAGGUGUCAUAUCAGGCCUAGUCAAAUUAGAGGAACUGUACAUGAUAGGCAGCUUUAGCAAUUGGGAAACUGACAAAGGGGAAACCACAGAAGAAAGAAGAAAUGCAAGCCUGAGAGAGCUACAGUCCUUGUCUGACUUGAGAAUAUUAGAAAUUUAUAUACCAGAUGCAAAGCUAUUGCCAAGAAGCCCACUCUUUACUGAUCUGACGCAGUACAAGAUACAGAUAGGUGAUAAUGCCUGGUGGAGCAUGUUCCCAUUCCGAAAGCAUUUGUUAUUGAAACUCGACAAUAUUAUUGCUUUAGAUGGUGGGGUUAGUAAGCUAUUGAAAUGUACUGAACUUCUAAGUUUAAAAGGGAAGGGCUCAUGGAAUGUGGUGCACGAGUUGGUUAAAGAUGGUGCCCAACACUUGAAGGAGUUAUCAAUCGAGUCUUGUGAUAUGCUUUUGUGUCUUGCUGAUACAAUGGAUUUAUCAGUUGAUUCCUUGAUGCUAUUUUCCCUAUAUUGGAGUCAAUAA